AUGUCUCAUACGCGAUACGUCAAUCGCGAGAUUCCUCAAAUCUCCUUGGCUGACUUUGAGAGCCGCAUCGAUAACAUCACGGCAGAGCUCAUCAAUGCCGCAGAAAAUGUUGGCUUCUUUACGUUGAUUGAUCACGGUCUCUCCAAACAAGACAUCGAGGCCAUGUUCCUCACGUCCAAAAGCUUCUUCGAUCUACCCGACAACGCCAAAGCGAUCGUUCCAUGGAACUCGAACAACGUGGGGUGGGAAAAGAACUCACAGAUCCGUCCAUCUACUGGGAAGCCCGACAGCAAGGAAUCUUACCAACUGCAGUUCGGUGAGAACAUGAAGGGCCUCUGGGUUGGGGACGACCACCUCCCGGGGUUUCAGGCUAGCUGCCUGGGUUUCAUGCAGCAAGUGCAGACGAUCUCGGAAUGUCUAAUGCGGUGCUUUGCGCGCGGCCUGGGGUUCCCAGAUGACUUCUUCAUCAAAUGCCAUGAUGUUUCACGACCGGACUCGCAAACCACGAUGCGGCUACUUCACUAUUUUGCGCUGCCGGAGGAAGCCGAUGGCAACGUGUAUCAUCGCGCAGGGGCACAUGCGGAUUGGGACUUUCUGACUCUACUUUUUCAGAAAGAAGGGCAGAGCGGGCUGGAGAUUUGCCCAGGUCGCGAGGUGGUCACCGAGUUUGGGAUUGGGGACAAAUGGACCAAGGUGGAGGCGAAGACGGGGGAGAUCGUUUGCAAUAUUGGAGACUUACUCAUGUCGUGGUCGGAUGACCGGUUCAAGUCCACUUUCCAUCGUGUGAAGGCGCCGUGUGAGCAUGGGGAUUAUUUUGGGGACCGGUAUAGCAUUGCGUACUUCAAUCAGCCCUGCAAGGAUUCCUUGAUCCAGGGCCCGUUGAAGAAAUACCCAAUGGUCACCGGGGCUCAAUUUACCGAGAAUGCAAUGAAGAGGAACUUUGCUGCAUUGCAGGAGAAGUUGAAGACGGUCGCGGCGGCAUGA